UCUCUUCAAAAGUCUUCUUCUGAGGACUUGUGCGCACGGGGCUUUUCCGUUUGAUGAAACUUCUGCUGGGUUCCGUGACCUCUGUGAUAUCGCCUAGUGUACGGUCGUGCAUGUCAUAGGCGUCCACGUAGCCAUUCGCCUCAGUUCGAAUGUUUCUGAGGCUAGGAUCGGUUUCGUUAUCCCGUAUCUCAUCGUAAAUCUGUUGUUGGUCCGAUUGACCCGAGAUUGUGUGGUCUUCGUCUACGAUUGUGCGGAAGGGAGAACUCGGCGCAAGCGGAAGUGUAGACUCCUCGAAUGCUGUCCGACUGUGUUCGGACGAGGAACCAUGAACUUCGUGUCUUAGGGGGCUGCUACGAACCGGAGAGGAGGAAAAUGCAGCAAACCUAGGAGCUUCCAAGAAAGGGUUCGACUUCGGGGUAGGCUUUGCUUUGGAAACAGGGGCCGGAGGGGAAGAAUCAGGAGGCAAACUUCCUCCCUCAUUCAUGAGAAGCGACAAAUCUAGUUUUUCCGAAGCUCGUUUGUUGUGAUUGCCCGGAUCAGAACCUUCGACUAUAGGCACUUUAUUUUUGCCUUUGCUUGAUUGAGGCAUUGGAUGAGCAGAUUCGGUCGCUUCUUCGCUUUCAUCGCUAUAGUUGAAGUUGUUGGCGCUUUUCCGGCGCCAGGUUCGGGGCAGCUUCGCUCGCGCUGGUCUGAGGGGCUCGUCUUGAGUGAAAGCGUCGGCGUUGGGUACAUUAGCUGAUUGAACAGCCUCGUCUGCCCAGACAUCGCCUUCUUCGCCAUCAUUCAUCUCUACAUCUUCCUCAGCUUCCACCAAUAUAUCCUUUCCGCGUAGUGUUUCCCCAUGCUCGUUUCUUACAGUGAGCGAUCGAUUGUUCACUACUGUGAUGGCGUUAACUGGCGGUGUAUCCACCUUCCAGCUCAUCUCGUCUUCGCUACGAGCUGGGCUUAUAGACGGGGUAGGCAAAUGGAAAGUAGUGGUGCUGAGCGUAGGAUAUUGAACAUUCGUACCUUGGGAAGCAGCGUCGACGGGGAGUGCCGGGUUUUCCUGUUCAUUUUCCUCUGGUGUGAGGAGACGCGAUUGUUGUUCCUUUGUUUGAGGAACAUCCAGAUUCGACGGGUUCUUUUCUUUGAUGGGGCUCGAAACGGCCGGCGACCCUUUGUUCGACGCAUUCUCUCUUGCGAGCUGCUCGCCUAGUCGAAGUCCUGCCCUAAGCUCUUUCCGAGUGCGAUCACUGAAACCUCGGAAAAGGUCGUCAAGCUCGCUGAGCCGAUCCGCGGCCUUUGCAGGUCCAGCUUCGGGAGUGACGCGAGCCGGGUCUAGUACGCCCUGCAAAGCGACCCCAGCUUUCACUACCCGUCCGAUUUUUGGUGUUUCGGCCUCGAAAGGAGACACCCUGGGGGCCUCAAUUGGUGGUGGGUUAGAAGGCAUCGUCUCAUCCAUGACAGGAGUCUUGUGUCGCGAAAGUGGAGGGCGAACAGCUGGAGCUGCCGAUGCUGUGGGAGGGUUGGGAUUUGUUUGGGUGGAUGGUUGUGUGACUGCCGAUGGGAUUGCAAGAUAUGCAUGAUUCUGAACGGAUGUCUGUGUAGUGACCGGUGUCUGGCCAGGCAGACCAUUUGCUGGACUGGUCAAGCUCGGUAAAGAAUGAACAGAAAUCAUGCUGAAAUUCUCGCUUUCAACAAUGGUCGUAUCGUCGGGACCUCUUGUCGCGCCCUCGUCAAAGGCAAACCCAGUGUCAUCCUCCAAUUCAUCAUAUUCGCCAAAAUCUUCAAAUUCCGGUGCUUCCAUCGGUGCCAUAUCGUCUUCUUCGGGCGCAUGACGUGAGACUGAAGCUUCUC